AUUUGCUGCCAUCUAGCGGUGGAAAUAUUCUAGGAAGCAUCUGCGAGGAGGGAAGCAAUGAGGGCAUGCCUUUCCACUGCACCUGACAAACCACACCGAGAUAGUCGCUGUGUGUCUGCAGCAACACAAACGCACAGCUUCUUUUGGUGCUUUUUUUUGGGUGUGCGUCUCUGUGGGUGUUCAAUGACUCCAACGCGAGACUGAAACACUAAACUGAGAAAAAAAAAGGUGGAGGCGGCAGGGAUAAAUGUUGUGACACCAGCAACAGGUAGAGUUGCUUUUACAUUCCUCAGAUAGUGAUACAAGAGCUCGUCUGUUCCCAGAGGAAGUACGGAAGUUGUCUAACCUACCGCCUGUUUCGGAGCUCCUCGUGCCGUUUUUACAGCCGGGAGUAUCGGUGAGUUUACCGCGAGGUUUUGGGGGAUCAUUGAACGCACACUGAGGCUCGUAUUUUCUUAAACCCACACGGGAGGUAUUCUGCAUCUGUAUCCAGCCCUCCACUCAUCAUGCCCGGCCACAGGAGGCAGGUAUGUGAUCUUAUUCUUACUUUCAUACAUAUAAGCUGGCCACCUCCUUUGCUGUGUUUUCAUAUCGGCCUGUUGUUUUUUAACAUGUCUGCCUAUCCUGCACCUGUCAGACUUUGAGGCUACCACAGAUAAAAGCUCAUAGAAGUGCUGUCUAAGCCCCACUCUCCUCCUAAUCAAGACUUCAUUGAAAAGCUCUAAUCUGAUUACUGUUUCAGCCUUACAUGUUGGUGUGCGUGGGCUGCUCUGUGAGUGAACAGAAAACACAGAUUGAUGCAUGAUGAUGGUGGUGGUGGUGGUGGGAGCAGGUCUGCAUGCCCUGCCGUUCACUCACAGGGCAGGUGAACCCUCUUUGUUGACAGCCCUCCUAUGUGAGUCAGGAUCUCCUCAGGUUUCUCUCAGCACACUGGCAUGUCAAUGACACACCCCCAUGUCUCAGUUUGACUGGAUUCUUAAGUAGUUGACGACCUUUCUGCACAUUUUCUCAAGCUUCAGAUGACAUAUUUGACCAAGGAUGAAACCGGAUUAUUCCAAGCUGUAAAAUCAUUGUACAAACAUUUCCUCACAGAUUUAGAGGUUUAUAUGCAUACCCAGUCAUUUACUCAUGACAUGCUACUCUGACACUUUUCUCUUGUUAUGAUUUUACAUUUUUUUUGUCUUAAAGCCCAGUAUCGAACUACUGGAAUUUAUGGGAGUGGUAAAAGAGAAUGGCAAUGAACAGUCAUCACUUCCUCCUGUGGUAAGAAAAAAAACCUGUCCAUUUUCACAACAUCAUAACCAGCCCAUUCCCCUUUUAUUCCUAGAGUUCAUGUGAUACAAAAAAUUCCCCUAUGUGUAACUCUGGCAUAUACUUUCUGUCGUGCAGCACACUCCUCUUUCAUACGACUAUGUCCUGGUUGCCAAAACUAUGGACAGCUAUCACAGAGAGGCGACCAAGAAGCAAAAUGAAUACAUUGAAGAGCUGAAAAAGAAGAACUUAAAAGUCACUGUAAGCCAUAAGUAACAGACAAAAUGUCUCUUCCUUCUGCAAAAGUCACAUGAUUUCUUCUCUCAUCUCGUAUUUAUCCAUUUCUGUUAGAAAAUUAUUGACGAUGAUCUCAUCUUCUUCGGGAUUCAAGCACCCAAAGAAAUAUUUGAGAAGUACAGGUAUCUGCUCAAAGUGUCUGAUGCUUGUAACUGGAGCUCGGACCAGAAUGUGGUUCCCCUGAGCACCAGGUAACACUUAAUUUCUGACAUUUCAAAAAAAUUCACUGGUGAUAUUUGAGAAAUCUGUCAUUGAUACUGCUCUCCAGAUGCAAGACAUGUUUUCUUGAAAAUAAUCCCUUUGCAGAAAAAUCUCUCUCUGUGGGCUUGUUCAAAUUAUAUACUUGAGAUCAUGUCAAAGUUUAGCCUUCCCUCUAUUGGUAUCUCAAACAUUAGCUUGAACAAAUGAAGGUAUUUCACAGCCUGCAGUGAUACCUUUGAUGAUGAUUCAUGUCUGUGGUUUAGGAUAAGGAUCGUCCACUUCAUCUUGAAUCACACCCCUUUACGCACAGGAGGUAAGAAACAUUCACCGUGUUCCCGUACUCAUAGCUGGACUCCUGAUCGCUCUUGUUGCUCUUCAUACCUGUUCUCUUUUCACAGAGGGUCUUCGAGAUCUUAUGAAGAUGAAGGUCUUUGAAGCAAGGUUCUGCUUGCAUGAGGUAAAUCUCCAAACAAAGUAUGCUGUACAUAUCAAGAACACUCACCUAUUAAUGAUUCACUGCGAUCUGUUUCCAUAUUACCACCAUAUCUGGUGUGAUCAUUAUUAAUGACCAGAACAGUGGACUUGUAGCUUUGUAGACUGUAUAACUAAAGAAUAAAAGCAAUAAAGACACAAACAGGAUUGUAACCUGGAUCAAUAUUGAAAUUAUUUAAAUCCACACAACCUCAUCCUAUUGCGGCACUAUUAUCAAGUAUUGCUGGAGGUACAGUUUUUUUUUAAUCACAUGGCUUCUUAAGUGUUUUUCUUCUGAAAUUUAUGAAGUGAAACUUGGCAAUGGUUUUCCUAAACAAUACAAUGCUGCCAAAAAAGAACAGAGGCGCUUACAAGUCAUAUUAAUUCACUGAGUCAUUCACUGCUGGGAGUUGGUGGGUAUGUGUGAGAGCUCACAUUCAUAUAAAUAUGCACAUACAGCAUACUGCAAGCAUGUAUACGUGUGAUCCUCUGUUUACACACUCAACAUGAAGGAAGUGAAUUUUUUCACACACGAUGAAAAAGAAGAAAUGGAACGCAAAUUAAUUUCACGGCUGACUCAAAGUCUUAGCAUUUAAGGUUGUUUAUUAACUGUGUAUAUGAUCUAGUAAUUAGUUGAAAUUGUUAAAAGCUGCUGUUUUUAAUUCUUUGUUCAGUUCCAAUGUGCUGAACAUAACCGUCUUCUUCAUGUUGUUUCUUUCCUUUGAUUUAUUUUUGCUUCUGCUUUCAGAAAAGGAAGCAGAGGGAGUUGAAGGAGAGCUGGGCACGAUGGACAGCCUGUCUCCAAGGGCAACCCAUAACUGCUGUCAGGUUUGGACUACAACACAACAGCCUAUUCAUUAGCCUGCUUUUUACACUUGCUCUUAUUGCUGCAUUAUUGUUCUCAUGUCAUCCUACUGUGAAGUAGGCUCAAGUAUCAACCAGAGAACAGCAAGCAUGUCACCGCCCACACAUGAUGUAGACACUGUUUGGACUUGUUAUUUAAAAUGAUACAGUUUACUGAAAUGCUGUUACAGAUAAGGUUGUUUUUAUCUAUAGAUUCUCUUUUAUACAGAAAUACAACAGUGGACACAGGAUCACACGAAAACACAUUUUGUUGACAUAUUUACGUCAAAAUCAAGAUUGAUGGCACAAUGUGAGCUGUUCAACAAAUCCCUCUCAAAGCAGCCGUAUUGUUUCUAUAAGGACACCAUCACUCAGCAUCACAUUUUUCCCAGUUCAGUCCAUAUUAUUGUUUUUUUUUAAGUAAAACAGACCAGUCAGAAAAACAUUAUACCACUUUAUAUAGCUUUUACAAAUAUGCAAUGUUUGUUUUUCGAAGAUAAACAUGGUUUUCUGCUUUUCUGCUGCAUGAUAAAAGUCUUUAUUUAUUACAGACUUUUAAACAUCACACUCUCACCAGGAUUUGGAAAUGACUAUAACAUUUAAUGGCAUUAUUUUUACACAGUUUCAAGAUAUAAAUGUGAGAAUAAUCCCCCUUUGAUACUGAGAAAAUAAUGUGCAUAAUAUGUUAAACAUGAGCUGCCAGUUUCAAGGACCUGCAGUUAGACUGUGGGGCACACAAACUGCAGAUCCAGUUCUCUAACAUACUGUUUUAUUUAAAAGCCUUUCACAAUAUGGCAGAGACAUUAUGUAUAUAGGAUAACAUGUCAUGGACUUCUUAUGAAUUGUAUUUGUUCAGUAGAUAAAGAGAGCACACUAUCAAACAGAGCUUAACAUGUCAACUCUGAUUCACUGAUAAUUGUUGUAUCUUCAUAAACACGAUUACACAUUUUACAGUGUGUGCAGUGUGUUGUUCUGGAUUUCAAGAGUUUCUUUAACAUGUGAUUUCAUUUUCAGAAACUACUUUGGGGAAAAGGUGGCCUUGUACUACCUGUGGCUGGGUUGGUACACAUACCUCCUCAUCCCACCUGCUCUUAUCGGGGCCAUAGUCUUCCUAUAUGGCCUUGCCUUCUUCAACAGCUCACCGCUCAUGUAAGGUUCCCCACCGCUUCAUAUUGUCUGAGUUACAGCUGAGCAUUUACUCGGUGACAAAAACAAGUGUUUCUUGUGUUGUAGAAAGGAGGUUUGUGAGGCUGACAUAGUCAUGUGUCCACUUUGUGACAAGAGGUGUAAAGUGUGGCAGCUCUCUGACACCUGUACAUAUGCUAAGGUACAUCAGUGCAUAUACAGUAGACUAAUAAACGGUGGAGAUGACUUGUGUUCAUUCAAGAUCUUUUCUGCCCACAGGUGAGCUUGCUGUUUGAUAAUAAUGGCACAGUGCUCUUUGCAAUGUUCAUGGCAGUGUGGGGUAAGUCCUGUAUAUGUAUCAUUUAUGUUCAAGCUGUGAUUCCAAUACCUCACAUUAAAUGAAAUAGCAGUCUGGCUUCAUACCCACUAAAAUGAAACAAUAGGUCUAUUUAUCAAAAAUAAUUGAAAACCAAAGAGGCCAAUUCUUAAGCACAGUUUCAUUUUUUGGCUUGAUUAUCGUUGGCUGUGCAGCAGAAAUAACACAAAUAAGCUUUUAUCUGCCUUAAAUGAACUUCAUCCAAUUGCUUGGAUGUUUUGUGAUCAGUGAGACAUGCCAAAGACGAGCAACAUCACCAGAAAAACCUACACGUCCUGGCUACUUGGUUUUAAACAGCCUGUACCAUCUGGCCAUGGGGGUGGUCUAUUGCAGUCCUGUACAAGCAUGUUUUUGUGGCUUUUUAAACAUUUACAGUGUGUUGCCUGUCAAAUUGAUACAUACCUGUUGUGGAAAUGAAGGAGUCAGACUUUCAGUGAAGAGGUGUUUAAUAGUUGCUGUAACAUUCCAAGAAAAAAAUAAAAAUAAAGAGUAAUUACAAGUUCAAAGAAGUGGGAAAGGGUGAAGUGAGACACAUAAAGAGGAAGACGACAAAUAACAGCACAUGAACAAUAUCUUUAUGAGUCCCCUUAUACUGUAUGAAUAUAGGGUUCAAAUUAAACAGGAGUCAACCGUAAGAAAAAAGUCAUUAUAGGCUCAAAUGAUAAACCCUCACAAUAGACCAGUAAAGAAGGCUGCAGUUCAGCUUCUCCCUCAAUUUUAAAGCUUUAACCCCUGAGAUCAUACCUGGACUUUGACCUUAACUUCCUUGAGUUCCUCUCAGAACUUCCUGUAUCUUUAACAUAUCCCACACCUUAGUAACAAUAAAAAAGUCAUUUUCAGCAGAGUGGUCCUUGCAGCGGGUUCAGUAUGUCUCAACAUAAAAUAGCAAAGUAAUGGUGUAGAUAAUUUUUUUCCACGAUUUUAAAGGAAAAGUUCACUCUUAUUUAAAAGAGUUGCACGUGGUAGGUUACUCAUUACCAGAAAGGGAGACCUACCAGGGAUGCUGGUCUGCUUGGCCCCUUUGCUGAGAAACCAUUUGAACUGGGACAGAAGCAUAAGCAUAAGCAAUCAAUGGCUGCGAACAAGUCGACUCUAAAAUGAAAUUUGGCUAAUUUUAAGCUAACACAGUAUUUUCAGGUAAACAUUAAGGUAGAUGAAACAUUACAUGCAGAUUAUAGGUUGUGUCAUUAUGCAAUAAAAAAACGAGAUCUUAAAUUUUCAUUUGAAGAUUUCUGUCUCUUUCACAGACUCAAACAGCUAAAGAGUGAAGUGCAGCCAGAUUUCUGAUGGCACAGCAAAGAGUUACUAUCUAGAGUGUAAAUUUACUCUUGCAUCACUGUUUGGGUCACAGUUGAUUGAAAUUUUCUAAAUUACAUGGAAGGGUUGAUCUCACAGCAGCUGAGCUGAUAGCCAAGCUCCUGUUCCAGUUCUCCAGCAUUUUUUUCUGAGUGCCGAGCUGACCAGGAUCUCCUGUCGGUAAUACACAUAGGAAAUACUGCCAAGUACCUCACAUAAAACCACUUCAAAUAAAACCAAACCUUACUUUUUACAUCUUUAAUGUAUGAGAUGAUUGUUGUUUACUCUUUCUUAUUUCACAUUUUGGAGUUUAGCUCAACUUUAUAAGCUCAUAUGAAACACUUGUCUUUGCAGCAACCCUGUUUUUGGAGUUCUGGAAGAGACACCGAGCUUCCUAUGUGUGCGAAUGGAAAGUAUCUGAUUGGUGUGAAGAGGAGGUACAAUUCAGGACAGUUUUGUACAUUUCAGCUCAUCCAUUAAUAAUUCCACAGCAGUUCCAGUGGGAGUUAUGUUUUUUUCUGUCAUAUUUUAUCACAGGAGGAGCUGAUCCUGGAGAUUGUGAACAAUGUUAACUGUGAACCCAAAACAUAUAAACACUCCUAUCUACGCAGCACUCUGGUUCUUAUCUGUGUCACAGUUAUGGUGAGUAAUUUUACAGUUUGGAUGUUCAACAUUCUUUUGUAUCUUCAGGUUAGUGUCAGGUUAAAAUUUAAGAGCGCCAGUUGAAUAGGAAAUAGGACUGUAUGUGCUGUGCUGUAUGUGCUCUAUUAGGUUAUUUGGGUUAGACCAACUUGACUGAUCUGCUUUUGUGUUUUUUUUCUAGAUACUGCUGAUCAUUGGCCUGACACAUGCCCUGGUGGUGUUCAGGGUAAUUGCAGCUGUGCUUCUGGCUGAGGGAUCUUGGGAGUUUCUGAGCACCCACUCAAACAGCGGGGCCAUGAUGCUGGGGGCCGUCCUCCAUUACCUCAUCAUCACAGUCAUGACACGGGUAUGCAGGUCACUAAGUGCAUUGUUUUUAUUAGUAAUCUGUGUCUCACUGACUAUGUCCAUGUGUCUGCAGAUCAACAGGAUAGUCGCCAUGAAGCUAUGUGAAAUAGGUAUGUAUAUUAUUCCAUAUCCGUAAAUUUCACAAAACAAAACCAAAUCUUAAAGAGAAGCUUUCAGGCAUUAAGAUUUGUGCUCUCAUGUGUUUUUGCAGCAUUACAUUUAUUAUAUCGCAUUAUACAAGCCAUACAACCAUAUAGUUUUUUUUUUUUUUUUAGAUAUUUAAUAUUCUAACAUAUGCAGUGAUAGUGGACUAAGCUAGAGAAGGAAAACUGGAAUUCAGGCAGGAAGCAGGUGAGAUGGGUAGAUAACAGACAGACAGGAAUGAGUAUUUGCGUUAACAAAUGUUAGCUCACUGAGGGCACCUAGAGGAAUGAUGAAGCAUGACAAGAUUUUAAGAAAGGUCAUCAAUUGGGUUUAUGAAAGUCUCAAGGAGAGAUCAGCUUUUGGGAGGUCAUGAUAUCGUGCAAAGUCUUGUUGUUGACCCGACUGGCCCUGUUCAGAGCAAAUAUUUAGUCAUGUCACCUCAGGAUAGUGCAGGUGUUAUUGUCUCAUAACUGAUUGCCCUCUUCAUUUGACAUUUACUGUGUCGAUGAGACAGCAUGCCUGAUAUUAGCACCUUAGACCUGAAACACUUCAUUGGAGCCAUGAUACCCUUUUUGAGCAACAAAUGUGCUUUUCCUUCUAUGAUAACUCAAAUAACCAUGUAACAUUGGGAGCAGUAGGGAGCUGGUCAAAUUCAGUCACCUAUUUGUGUUAUUGUGCCAUACUGUGCCAUCUAUUGGCCAGAGAGUGAAGUGCAUACGCUCUGACGUUGGUUUGUGUCUUUAUCAGAGGAAACGAGAUCAUUUGCUGCCACUGAGAAGAGUUUCACAGUCAAAAUGUUCACCUUCCAGUUCUUCACCUAUUUCUCCUCCCUUUUCUAUGUCGCCUUUUUUCUCGGCAGGUAAGAAUGGCCUCUAUGCACCGAUCCACUCCUCCUGAAUUUAAGGCUGCUCCUUUAUUUCCUGCCUAACAUUAUUGGACAAACUGAUUAAUCCAGGUGUGUCAGGGUUGUCACAAUGAUUAGUCACACUUGGAUUAAUCAUUUUGUCCAAUAAUGUAAGACAGGAAAAAAAGGAGCAGCCUUAAGUUCAGGAAGUAGUAGAGCUGUGCAUAGAGCACAUUGUUGACAAUAGUUUAAUACCCCCAUUUUCCAUCUUUAUGCAUCACAACUUAAAAAACACAAUUAAUGUUUAAAUAAGAAGUGAUUGUUGCUCUUGAGCCUGAAAAGCCUGACGUGAUCUUGUAAUGUAUAUGGCAGGAUAAACGGUCAUCCAGGUAGAUAUGUGCGAAUUGCAGGGAAAUGGAGGCUGGAGGAGGUGAGUAACACAUGCAUAUGUUAUUUAGAAAUGAUGGAAUGCAAAUAAGUAAAUAAAUUAAAUGCAAUUUUAGAUUCUAACAUUGUAUACAAAUGCAUUUAAAAGGUUUUCCUUUACUGUACAGUGUCACCCCAGUGGGUGUCUCACAGACCUGUUCAUCCAAAUGGCUAUUAUCAUGGUGCUCAAGCAGACCAUCAGUAAUGUCUUUGAGUUCACCGGCCCGUAAGUAUCAAUCAGAGAUCUUGUGUGAUUAAACUUCGACUUUUUUUUUUUUCACACUUGUCUAUUUAAAAGCUGUCUCUUGUUUGUAUUAGCUGGUUUUGUCGGUGGCUCAAAAGAAGACGGUCAAAGAAGCUGCAGAGGAAAUGUGCUCACUGCUACCUGAAAGAUGAAUCAGAGCCCAGGUACGGAAAUGAACUGUGUGAAAAUUGCAAACUUCGAGACUGGCUCAGCAACUACCGCCUCAAUGAUGUGGACUCCUUCAGCCUGUUCAAUGAGUUCUUGGAGAUGGGUAUGAGCACUGCUAUUGCAUGAAGAGGACAAAACUUAAUUCUGGACUAAUUUUCAUAAAUGAUGAUAAAUAAAGUCUUUUCUCUCUCCGCAGUGAUCCAGUUCAGCUUUACCACCAUUUUUGUGGCAGCGUUUCCACUAGCUCCUCUGCUCGCUCUCAUUAACAAUGUCAUUGAAAUACGAUUGGAUGCCAUUAAAAUGGUCACUCUGGAGCGCAGACUGGUCCCCAAGAAAACCAACGAUAUUGGUAAUUGUCCUUUUUAAACUGAGAUUUGUUUUGGUAAAUUUACUCUGACAUUGUGGCUGAAAAAUUUUCCUGUUUACACUGUGAUUAAAGUUCUCCUCACAACUACAUUUCCUCUCUUCAGGUGUGUGGAUUGAUGUGCUGGAGGCCAUCGGUGUGUUAGCUGUCAUUGCUAAUGGACUGGUCAUUGGUGUGUCAUCAGACUUCAUCCCUCGACUGGUGUACCGCUACCACUACGGCCCAUGUGCCAAUGGCACGGCAACAGAUAUCGAGUGAGUUUAGUUCCUCUAAAAAAACAUAUGAUGUCUCUUAUCUUGUUUUGAAGACUAAUGUUUUCCUCUAUUAUUCAAGCUGCAUGUCUGGUUACAUCAACAACUCCCUCUCCAUCGCACAAAUGGAUGACAAAAACAUACAUAAUGAGUUUUCAGCCUAUCAGAUGAUGACUCCCAGCGGACUGAAUGUCUCCUACUGCAGGUUUGUUCUCUCUCUGGUAUUAUUUAACUGGCAGCAUUUUGACAUUUAAUGGAGAAAACCAAAAUAUAAAGUCACCAAAGCUAAAAUAUAUAAUUCCAGAUGUUUUUUGUUCCUUUUCUUGAAGUUCUGCAAAACAGAAGUUUCAUUUGGGAAGAUGUAAAUUCAGGUUAUGAAAGAAAGGUCUCUUUUUUUAUCUGUUCUUUUUUUUUUGUAUCUUGAUUCCAAACAAACAAGCAUCACUCGUCAUAUUUGGUAUUAGACUGAAAAGAAAACACACCCAUUCUUGCUAAACAGGACUUGAUGUGUCAUUAUACAAAAAAAGACAAGGGUCAGUAACUGUGAUAGCUGCAAUAAUUACUGUUAAUUAUGUAAUUAUGAUUAUGUUCAUAAUGCAAGGGGAAAAAUGGGAAUGGCUAAACUAGUCACAGCACAUCUGAAGGAUAGUGUGAGUAUGGGAGAAAAGACAAAAAUAAAUGAAAAUCAAACAUACUAAAUCUUUCAUUUUAAAUAGUGAAGAAUUUUUACAGAAUAAGACAAAACAAAACAAAACAUUCGCAAAUGAAUUCCUUUAAGAUUUAAAGUGGCAUCAGCUGUUUAAUGACUGCUAUGAACCUGAGCACCUCUGUUUUCUCUGUUUUCACAGCUAUAAAGACUACAGGAGCAAUGAGGACUACAGUCUCACCCCACAGUUCUGGCUGAUAUUAGCUGUGCGCUUUGCAUUUGUCAUUCUAUUUGAGGUAAGAUUUAACAACUAGGACCAAAUAAGAAACUCGUAACCUGUCUCAAAACUGAUUCCUGUAUAAAAAAAAGAAAAAAGUCACACAACACCAAAUGCAUUUUAACGAGACAUAUUUUAAUUUAACAUUAAUAACAUCCCCUCUCUGUUAACAGCACGUCGUAGUCAUUUGUAAGUUCAUUGCAGCCUGGUUUGUACCAAGCGCUCCCAUGCAGGUCAAGAAUGAUCGACUGUUUGAUAAACUCAACAGACUAAAAGAGGAGCUCAGGUGAGUCUCAAAUAACAAAACAGUUAGUCUUUCAAUGUUAGGUCAACAUUACGCAACAUAUCAUCUGUGUUUCUUAAUGUUGUUUGAAAACAAUCCAACAAAGGUUUCAGUGAAUGCAGUGGUUACCAAUGUGUACCGUGAUGUUGUAACAUUGGACAAACAUAGGAUCAGUACUGAUGCUUAGACUGACCUCAUUAGGGGCAUCAGGUAUCAGCUUUGAUUCAACCCAAUUAAAACAGUCUUUUUUCUGCAUAACUGCUGACAUUUAGUGCCUCUGAUCAGAUAACAUUUAUUCACUCACUGAAGUACAGACAUUCAGAGCUUUUGGGUCUCGGUGAAUUCUAGGAUGUGGAAACUGAUAAUUUUAAUGUUGAAGUGCAGCACUGCAACUUGAUAGACACAGUGCAUGGAAAACAUGCAUGUUUUUUAUAAGCAAGUUUCUGAAUUGCAAAUUUAAAUUCAAUAUUAUAUUUAUUAUUUGUUUCUUGAUAGUCUUUCUAGCAUUAGAGAACUUUUUCCUCACUGUUACCAAAUCAAGCAAAUCAUUUUUUUUUUACUGCUGACGUUUUGUCUAUAUCUCUAUGAAGGGGGUCUGCCCACAUUUAUAAUGUAAAAGACAUUGCUUUAGAUCUCUGCAUGAUCCUGGUAGCAUGUUAACUGUAGUCUGGAUCUGAAUGCAGCUUGACUGUGACAGAUUUCUCUUCAAACUGAAGAUAAAGGGUGAUUUAGUGCAGUGGUUCUCAAGUCCAGUCCUCGAGCCCCCCCGUCCUGCAUGUUUUGGAUGUUUCCCUGCUCCAACACACCUGAUUCAAAUAAUCAGCUCGUUAUUCAGCCAUUCCAGAGCUUGAUAACGAGCUGAUCAUUUGAAUCAGGUGUGGCUCGAGGACUGGACUUGAGAAUCACUGAUUUAGUUUAAUUUUUAAAAGUACUUCCAUACAGUUGCACAAGUGCUCCUUGUGAAGAGGUUAACAUUUUCUCUUAUGAAAAGGGUGCUUUAGACUGGCUGAUGAUGACUCUUUGACAUAAAUGUGCACGUAAAUGCACAACUAACUCAUACUUGUUUUUAUUCCUUACAGUUCAUUUGAAGCCUGACAGCAUUCAGAGCCUUUAAUGUUACACAUUUUCUACAGAGGGCAUGAUCCCAGUGUUGCCUUGUGCAUUAAGGUGUCCAGACUAUCACAGUGUUGAGUACACUUAAAAGUCCUUAAUGGUCUCUGCAGACUUCAAAAGGAGGCGCUCACCCUCUUUAAUGGUUUGCUGUUGAAUGUAAUGUGCUGGCUAGCUUGAUCCUAAUCUGUGAGAUGGACUUUGAAAACAGACAAGUUGUACAGUGAAUGUCUUAUCUGAGAUAAUUUUAAUUCUAUUUUAAGAAUGCACAGAUAGCUCAUUGUUGGUUCUCUAUGUUUGUGAGAUGUAUGCCAGUGUUUUUAUCAAAGCCCUAAACGUAAUUUAUACUGCUUUUGCACAUACAGUAAGGAUUGUAUGCUACAGUGCUGCCUUAUACUGUUAAAAAGCUCUGUGAUGAAAGUCAGUGCUGCAGAUGCAUUCUGAUUGUCUUUUGUAAAUCAGACAUGCUGUUUUGCAUUAUUUUAUAUCACUGAAUAAAAGAGGAAACUUUUGUUCUCAUGUGAUAUCA